AUGCCAGAUAAUAGCUCAUUAAGUCAUGAUGAGUUGCUAAGUUCUGCUGAAAAAUUUCUACGAGAGCCUUCCGUUAAGAAUGCUCCCCUAAAUAAAAAGAUCGAGUUCUUACAGAAAAGAGGCUUAACAGAAGAAGAAAUUGAAGUUGCUAUUAGUAAAGCUAAUUCUGAAUCUAAUAAUGAAUCAGCUAAUUACUUAAGUCUUAAUACCUCUGACAAUAAUACCAAGAGUCAAACAUCUCAACAAUAUGAAGUAUUACCUCCAAUAAUUCCCAAGAGAGAUUGGAGGGAUUACUUUGUAGUUGCUACAGCAACUGCAGGAGUAGCCUAUGGUAUAUAUGAAUUAACAAGACAUUAUAUCAUUCCAAGUAUAUUACCAGAGCGCCAAAGUAAAUUGGAAAACGAUAAAAAGGAAAUCGAACAAGAGUUUUCCAAAAUUGAUAAAUCAUUAGAGAAGAUGGAACAGGAACAAAAGCUUUUCCAAGAACAAGAAAAUGAAAAACUGAAAGAUUUAGAUGAAACCAUUGAUGAAUUAAAGGACACGAUCAUGAAAACCACUAGAACAAGAGAGAAAAUUGAAAAUGAAUUUAAAAUAUUAAAAUUAGAAAUUACUAAUUUACAAAACACUGUGGAUAAAUUUAUUACUGGAAAUGAUAGUAUAAAAGAGUUUGAAAAAGUUAAGCAAGAAAUUUCAUCUUUGAAAACCUUAAUGGAAAAUCUAAAGGGGUCAAAUUCAAAUAACAAUUCAAUUUCGUUGGUAAAUGGUAAUAAUCAGAAUAUUACGUCUUUUAUUAAUGAGACUACAAUGAAAUCAAAUAAUAUUAAUAAUAAUAAUAAUAAUAAUAAUACCGGUAGUACUGGGAUGAGAGGUAUACCGGGACUAAAGGCAGUUCCAUCAGCUUCUGAAAUUUUAUCAAAGCUAAAUAUAAAUGAAGAAUCAAGUAAAUUACCCGCUUGGAAAAAAAUUAAACAAGAAAAUAUUGGUGCAAAUAAUUCUAUUCCUGAUUGGCAAAAGUCGUCACUACAAGAUGAUUUUGAAUCUGAUAACCAAAGUGGUAAUAAUGAUUCUUCGAGAACUAACACAAUGUCAUCCAAUGAACUCUCAAAUAAUUCUGGAAAUGAACAAAUAAACAAUGUAGGUUACAAUGAAAUACCUUCAAAUAUUUUUACUAAUGCAAACGUAAGCAUUCCUUCUUGGCAGAUGGCUAUUGAAAAUGCCGUAGACGAAGAACAAAAUGCAGCAGAACAACUUGCUUCAGAACUAGACAGUUAA